CCCCGCCCCCCGCCCCGAGCCCGCCGCGCGCCCGCACCAUGCUCAAGUGCAUCCCUCUUUGGCGCUGCAACCGGCACGUGGAGUCGGUGGACAAGCGGCACUGCUCGCUGCAGGCCGUGCCCGAGGAGAUCUACCGCUACAGCCGCAGCCUGGAGGAGCUGCUGCUCGACGCCAACCAGCUGCGCGAGCUGCCUAAGCCCUUCUUCCGGCUGCUGAACCUACGCAAGCUGGGCCUGAGUGACAACGAGAUCCAGCGGUUACCUCCUGAGGUGGCCAACUUCAUGCAGCUUGUGGAGCUGGAUGUGUCCCGGAAUGACAUACCUGAGAUACCAGAGAGCAUCAAGUUCUGUAAGGCUCUGGAGAUCGCAGACUUCAGUGGGAACCCCCUGUCCAGGCUCCCUGAUGGCUUCACUCAGCUGCGCAGCCUGGCUCACCUGGCCUUGAAUGACGUGUCCCUGCAGGCGCUGCCUGGGGACGUGGGCAACCUUGCCAACUUAGUGACCCUGGAGCUCAGGGAGAACUUGCUCAAGUCCCUGCCUGCGUCUCUCUCUUUUCUGGUCAAGCUGGAACAGCUGGAUCUGGGAGGCAACGAUCUGGAAGUGCUGCCUGACACUUUGGGGGCUCUGCCCAACCUAAGGGAGCUGUGGCUAGACCGGAACCAGCUGGCAACACUGCCCCCGGAGCUUGGGAACCUGCGGCGCCUGGUAUGCCUGGAUGUGUCGGAGAACCGUCUGGAAGAGCUACCCGUGGAGCUUGGAGGGCUGGUGCUGCUCACAGACUUGCUACUGUCCCAGAACUUGCUGCAGCGGCUGCCAGAUGGCAUUGGUCAGUUGAAGCAGCUGUCUAUCCUAAAGGUGGACCAGAACCAGCUGUGCGAGGUGACCGAGGCCAUCGGUGACUGCGAGAACCUCUCUGAGCUGAUCCUCACGGAGAACCUGCUGACGGCCCUGCCCCACUCUCUGGGGAAGCUGACCAAGUUGACCAACCUCAAUGUGGACCGGAACCACCUGGAGGCGCUGCCUCCUGAGAUUGGAGGCUGCGCGGCGCUCAGUGUCCUUUCCUUGAGGGACAACCGUCUGGCCACCCUGCCACCUGAACUUGCCCACACAACUGAGCUUCACGUGCUGGAUGUGGCUGGGAACCGGCUGCAGAGUCUGCCGCUCGCACUCACCCACCUCAACCUCAAGGCUCUGUGGCUGGCUGAGAACCAGGCACAACCCAUGCUGCGCUUCCAGACCGAGGAUGAUGCCCAGACUGGCGAGAAGGUGCUCACCUGCUACCUGCUGCCCCAGCAGCCCCUGCCCAGCCUCGAGGAUCUUGGGCAGCAGGGCAGCCCCUCAGAGAGCUGGAGCGAAGCCCCCUUGAGCCGUGUCAGCGUCAUCCAAUUCCUAGAGGACCCUGCAGGUGAUGAGGACGCCGAGGAGGCAGCUGCCGAGAAGCGGGGCCUGCAGCGCCGGGCCACGCCUCACCCCAGCGAGCUCAAGGUGAUGAAGAGGGGUGUGGAGGAGCGUCGGGGUGAGGCCUACUCUUGCAGGCCAGACCCCAUGCUGCCCUCACCCUCAGAGGAGUGCCUGCCACAGGAGAAGAGGCUGAGCACUGAGUCCGGCCUGAGCGAAGGCUCUCACCCGUCUGCCAGCACAGCAUCCGGAGGAGAGCCCCAAGGCCCUCCGGAUGAGGUGGAGGGGCUGGGCCAGCAGGAAGACAUAACGGCUGGCCAGGAGGAGGAUGCAGAGGAAAACUAUGAGGAGCCCACAGUGCACUUCGCAGAGGACACACUGCUGCCCAGGGAAGGUGGCGAGAGCGAGGAGGGACAGCUCGAGGCGCCCUGGCCCCUGCCGGGCGGGAGACAGCGGCUUAUUCGCAAAGACACACCUCACUACAAAAAGCACUUCAAGAUCUCCAAGCUUCCCCAGCCCGAGGCGGUUGUGGCCCUCCUGCAGGGGAUGCAGCCCGACGGGGAAGGCCCUGCAACACCUGGGGGAUGGCACAACGGCCCCCACACGCCCUGGGCUCCCCGGGCCCAGGAGGAGGAGGAGGAGGACGACGACAGGGCCGAGCAGGAGGGCGAGGCCACCACGGAGGAGGAGGAGGAGGAGGACAGGGAGGAGGCCGCGGCUCCUGUGCCUUCUGUCAAGGGGGUGUCGUUUGACCAGGCCAAUAACCUGCUGAUAGAGCCUGCUCGCAUUGAGGAGGAAGAGCUCACACUCACCAUCGUGCGGCAGACCGGGGGCCUGGGCAUCAGCAUCGCUGGCGGCAAGGGGUCGACGCCCUACAAGGGUGAUGAUGAGGGCAUAUUCAUCUCUCGGGUGUCUGAGGAGGGCCCUGCAGCCCGGGCUGGUGUCCGAGUAGGCGACAAGCUCCUGGAGGUGAAUGGCGUGGUCUUGCAGGAUGCCGAGCACCAUGAGGCCGUGGAGGCGCUGCGGGGGGCAGGCACCACCGUGCAGAUGCGAGUGUGGCGGGAACGCAUGGUGGAGCCUGAGAACGCAGUCACUGUCACGCCCCUGCGGCCUGAGGACGACUACAGCCCCCGGGAGCGGCGGGGAGGCACCCUGCGCCUGCCCCUGCUCCAGCCCGAAGUCCCUGGGCCCCUCCGUCAGCGCCACGCGGCCUGUCUCGUGCGCAGUGAAAAGGGGCUAGGUUUCAGCAUUGCUGGUGGCAAAGGCUCCACACCCUACCGGACUGGCGACGGGGGCAUCUUCAUCUCCCGCAUCGCUGAGGGGGGUGCUGCCCACCGGGCAGGCACUCUGCAGGUUGGCGACCGCGUCCUCUCGAUCAACGGGGUGGACAUGACGGAAGCCAGGCACGACCAUGCCGUGUCCCUGCUGACCGCCGCCUCCCCCACCAUCGCCCUGCUGCUGGAGCGGGAGGCCGGGGGGGCCCUUCCCCCAAGCCCCCCGCCACGUUCCUCCCCACCCGUCGCUGCUACUGCCACUGCUACCACAACCACCACCACCCCCGGGGACUCUGUGCUGCCAAGGCUGGCCCCCAGCCUGUUGGCUGCGGCCCUGGAGGGGCCAUACCCGGUGGAGGAGGUCCAUCUGCCAAGAUCUGGAGGUCCCCUGGGGCUUAGCAUCGUUGGGGGCUCUGACCAUUCCAGCCACCCAUUUGGUGUCCAGGAGCCUGGUGUGUUCAUCUCCAAGGUGCUGCCGCGGGGCCUGGCUGCUCGAAGUGGCCUGCGGGUUGGGGACCGCAUCCUGGCAGUCAACGGUCAGGAUGUGCGGGAGGCCACACACCAGGAGGCAGUCAGCGCCCUGCUCCGGCCCUGCCUGGAGUUAUCCCUGCUUGUGCGGAGGGACCCACCUCCACCGGGCAUGCGGGAACUUUGCAUUCAGAAGGCCCCUGGAGAGAAGCUGGGCAUCAGCAUCCGCGGGGGUGCCAAGGGCCACGCAGGGAACCCCUGUGACCCCACGGACGAGGGCAUCUUCAUCUCCAAGGUGAGCCCCACAGGGGCGGCCGGGCGUGAUGGCCGGCUACGAGUGGGGCUGCGUCUGCUUGAGGUGAACCAGCAGAGCCUGCUGGGCCUGACCCACAGCGAAGCUGUGCAGCUGCUGCGCAGCGCAGGUGACACUCUCACCGUGCUUGUCUGCGAUGGCUUCGACACCAGCACCACUGCAACCCUGGAGGUGUCCCCAGGAGUCAUUGCCAACCCCUUUGCGGCAGGCAUCGCCCACCGGAACAGCCUGGAAAGCAUCUCAUCCAUUGACCGGGAGCUGAGCCCUGAGGGCCCCAGCAAGGACAAGGAGCUGGCUGGACAGACCCCACACUGGGGACUCGAGGCCGCAGAGGUCCCGGUGAGGCCCCUGGCUCUGACCUGUGGGCUGCCCUCUCCAGUUGGGGCACUUGUAGGGGUGGACACAGCCUGUGGAAUAGGCCGGAGUCUGGAGCCCUUGAAGCUGGACUACCGCGCCCUGGCUGCUGUGCCCAGCGCUGGCAGCCUGCGAAGGGUUCCAUCUGGGACAGCUGGAGAGAAGAUGGCUGAAGCCCCCUACUUUUCCAGCAGCCAGCAGCCGCCCUCCCCGGAUGAGCUGCCGGCCGAUGUGAAGCAGGCCUACAGGGCCUUCGCCGCCGUGCCUGCCCCGCACCCUCCAGAGGACGCGCCUGCGCAGCCCCCCGCGCCCGGGUCCGCAGCCUCCCCGGAGCAGCUGUCCUUCCGCCAGCGGCAGAAGUACUUUGAGCUGGAGGUGCGGGCGCCCCAGGCCGAGGGCCCCCCGAAGCGCGUGUCGCUGGUGGGCGCCGACGACCUGCGAAAGAUGCAGGAGGAGGAAGCCCGCAAGCUGCAGCAGAAGAGAGCGCAGAUGCUGCGGGAGGAGGCGGCGGCCGAAGCAGGGCUCACCGUGGACGGGGAGGCCCCGGACGCGGAGGACGAGCCGCCCUGGGCCGGCCCGGGCCCUGCCGGAGGGCUCAGCCCGGCGUCCCCCCCGACUCUGGGAGGCGGCGCCCCGGUGCGGACGGCCAAAGCUGAGCGGCGCCAUCAGGAGCGGCUGCGCAUGCAGAGCCCCGAGCUGCCGGCGCCCGAGCGCGCCCUGUCCCCUGCCGAGCGCCGGGCGCUGGAGGCUGAGAAGCGCGCGCUGUGGAGGGCGGCCAGGAUGAAGUCCCUGGAGCAGGACGCUCUCCGUGCUCAGAUGGUCCUCAGCAAGUCCCAGGAGGGCCGGAGCAAGCGCGGGCCCCUGGAGCGGCUGGCCGAGGCCCCUUCGCCCGCGCCCACCCCAUCGCCCACCCCCUUGGAAGACCUGGGCCCCCAGACCAGCACCUCCCCGGGACGCCUGCCCUUGUCUGGAAAGAAGUUUGACUACAGGGCGUUUGCAGCCCUGCCUUCUUCCAGACCUGUCUAUGAUAUCCAGUCGCCGGACUUUGCUGAGGAGUUGAGGUCGUUGGAACCAUCUCCCAGCCCAGGCCCGCAGGAGGAGGACGGAGAGGUGGCCUUGGUUCUCCUGGGCAGGCCGGCGCCCGACGCCGUGGACCCGGAAGACGUGACGCUGUGCAGCAGCAGCCGUGCCGUGCGGCCAGGGCGCCGCGGCCUAGGCCCGGUGCCCUCCUAGAGGGGCGCAGCGCCUCCACCUAGGCUUGGGGUGGGGGGCCCUGCCAGCUCCAACACCGCCCUUGCCCCAAGUCUUUUAACCUGGGUGUUAGCAUUUUAAAGAGACCCCUCAGGAGUUCUGGCCUCUGACUCCCCCAACCCCCAGCCAGGAUCUCUUGGCGAGACUGUAACUAGUGAUGUUUGUACAACCAAAGACUCUAUUUUGUGGUUUAAGGAGAAUAAAGUUGACUACCUUUUA